AGGAAACCUGGAAAUACCAAGUCCUCUGAAAUCCCCAAAUUGCCCUUCCAGAUUUAAACCCACCCCGACGCCCACCAGUCUCCCCUCGUCAGUCACCCCUCCUCUUUCCGCCCUGUAAAGAGGACAAGUCUCGCUCUCAGUCCUCCUCUUCCCAAUCGAUCGCCUCCACCCCCAAUUCCUCCAAUUAGCCGAUCGUACGGCCUCCAAUCUUCGCCCAUGACACUAAUGACUCCUCCGCCAAUGGAACCAGAGGACGACGAGAUGCUAGUCCCUCAUUCUGAUUUCCCAGCUGAAGGCCCUCAACCAAUGGAAGUUGCACCAGCUGAAGCUACGAGUACAGUUGAUGCACAGGCUGCGGAUGAUCCACCGUCAGCUCGGUUUACGUGGACAAUUGAGAACUUUUCAAGGUUGAAUGUGAAGAAGUUGUAUUCAGAAAUCUUCUUCGUGGGAGGAUAUAAAUGGCGUGUGCUUAUUUUCCCAAAAGGGAAUAAUGUCGACCAUUUAUCAAUGUAUCUGGAUGUUGCUGAUUCUGCAACUUUGCCAUAUGGUUGGAGUAGAUAUGCCCAGUUUAGCUUAGCUGUGAUCAAUCAAAUUCAUAACAAGUACACAGUAAGAAAAGAUACACAACACCAAUUUAAUGUCAGGGAAAGUGACUGGGGUUUCACUUCAUUCAUGCCGCUUAGUGAAUUGUAUGACCCUGGAAGAGGUUAUCUUGUCAAUGAUACAUGUGUCAUUGAAGCUGAUGUUGCUGUUCGUAGGGUUGUUGAUUAUUGGUCUCAUGACUCAAAAAAGGAGACAGGUUAUGUUGGGCUGAAGAAUCAGGGAGCUACUUGCUACAUGAACUCUCUUCUCCAAACUCUUUAUCACAUUCCUUAUUUCAGAAAGGCUGUGUACCACAUGCCAACAACUGAGAACGAUAUGCCAUCAGGGAGUAUCCCUUUGGCUUUGCAGAGUUUGUUCUAUAAGCUUCAGUACAGUGACACCAGUGUUGCAACAAAAGAGUUAACUAAGUCUUUUGGGUGGGAUACGUAUGACUCUUUCAUGCAGCAUGACGUUCAAGAACUCAAUAGGGUUCUUUGUGAGAAGCUUGAAGACAAAAUGAAGGGAACUGUGGUGGAGGGUACAAUUCAGCAGUUAUUUGAAGGGCACCACAUGAAUUACAUUGAAUGUAUUAAUGUGGACUACAAAUCGACAAGAAAAGAAUCUUUUUAUGAUCUUCAACUUGAUGUCAAAGGCUGUCGGGAUGUUUAUGCAUCUUUUGACAAGUAUGUGGAAGUGGAACGCCUAGAAGGUGAUAACAAAUAUCAUGCAGAACAGUAUGGAUUGCAGGAUGCGAGGAAGGGUGUCUUGUUCAUUGACUUCCCUCCUGUUCUUCAGCUUCAGUUAAAGCGAUUUGAGUAUGACUUCAUACGGGAUACCAUGGUAAAGAUAAAUGAUCGAUAUGAGUUCCCUUUGCAACUAGACCUUGAUAGGGAGAAUGGAAAGUAUCUAUCUCCCGAGGCUGAUAGGAGUGUUCGCAACCUCUACACUCUUCACAGUGUGUUAGUUCAUAGUGGAGGAGUUCAUGGUGGACAUUAUUAUGCAUACAUCAGGCCAACGCUCUCGGAUCAGUGGUUCAAAUUUGAUGAUGAGCGUGUAACGAAAGAGGAUAUGAAGAGGGCAUUGGAAGAGCAGUAUGGUGGUGAGGAAGAGUUACCACAGACGAAUCCUGGGUUCAACAACUCACCAUUCAAAUUUACAAAGUAUUCAAAUGCAUAUAUGCUUGUGUACAUACGUGAAAGCGACAAAGAGAAGAUAAUCUGUAAUGUGGAUGAGAAGGAUAUUGCAGAACACCUGAGGAUAAGGCUGAAGAAAGAACAAGAAGAAAAGGAACAGAAGAGAAAGGAAAAAGCAGAGGCACACCUCUAUACAAUAAUUAAGGUUGCUCGGGAUGAGGAUUUAGUUGAGCAAAUUGGAAGAGAUAUAUAUUUUGAUCUGGUUGAUCAUGAUAAGGUCCGUUGUUUCCGGAUUCAGAAACAGAUGGCUUUUAACCUUUUCAAGGAAGAAGUUGCAAAGGAGUUUGGUAUUCCAGUGCAAUGUCAGCGUUUCUGGCUAUGGGCAAAGCGCCAGAACCAUACAUACCGUCCAAACCGACCCCUGACAAUUCAUGAAGAGGGUCAAUCUGUUGGGCAACUGAAAGAGGUAUCAAAUAAAGCAAAUAAUGCGGAGCUAAAACUGUUUUUGGAAGUAGACUUGGGCCUGGAUUUGCACCCUGUUCCUUUACCUGAGAAAGCUAAGGAUGAGAUUCUUUUGUUUUUCAAACUUUAUGAUCCUUUCAAAGAGGAAUUGCGUUAUGUUGGACGGCUCUUUGUAAAAGCCAGCGGUAAGCCAAUAGAAAUAUUGGGCAAGCUGAAUGAAUUGGCUGGCUUCGCUCCUGAUGAAGAAAUUGAACUCUUUGAGGAAAUAAAAUUUGACCCUAAUGUCAUGUGCGAACACAUUGACAAGAAGCUGAAUUUUCGGGGCAGUCAGCUUGAAGAUGGGGACAUAAUUUGCUUCCAAAAAUCACUUCAAGGUCAAAAUAUUGAUCAAUGUCGUUAUCCUGACAUCCCUUCAUUUCUGGAAUAUGUGCAUAACCGACAGGUUGUGCGCUUUCGCUCACUGGAGAAACCUAAGGAGGAUGAGUUCUGCCUUGAGUUGUCAAAGCAGAAUAAUUAUGAUGAAGUUGUAGAAAGUGUUGCCCGUCAUCUUAGCUUGGAUGACCCAUCUAAAAUUAGGCUUACCUCGCAUAACUGCUAUUCACAACAACCAAAACCCCAACCAAUAAAGUACAGGGGAGUAGAACAUCUUACAGACAUGCUAAUUCAUUAUAAUCAGACCUCUGAUAUCUUGUACUAUGAGGUACUGGAUAUUCCUUUACCAGAACUUCAAGGCCUGAAAACUCUCAAAGUUGCUUUUCAUCAUGCUACCAAGGAAGAAGUAGUUAUUCAUACAAUCAGGUUGCCAAAACAAAGCACGGUGGGGGAUGUCAUUAAUGAUAUCAAGACAAAGGUUGAGUUGUCUCAUCUGGAUGCAGAACUAAGAUUGCUGGAGGUCUUCUAUCAUAAGAUCUACAAGAUAUUCCCGCUCCAUGAAAAGAUUGAGAAUAUAAAUGAUCAAUACUGGACUCUACGUGCUGAGGAGAUUCCUGAGGAGGAGAAAAAUCUUGGGCCUCAUGAUCGCUUGAUUCAUGUUUAUCACUUCAUGAAAGACACGUCUCAGAACCAAGUGCAGGUACAGAAUUUCGGGGAACCUUUUUUUCUAGUCAUUCAUGAAGGUGAGACUUUAGCUGAGGUUAAAUUACGCAUACAGAAAAAGUUGCAGGUCCCAGAUGAGGAGUUCAUAAAGUGGAAGUUUGCUUUUCUAUCGUUGGGUCGUCCUGAGUACCUUCAGGACUCUGACAUUGUCUCCACUCGUUUCCAGAGGAGAGAUGUCUAUGGUGCUUGGGAACAGUACCUUGGGUUGGAGCACUCUGACAAUGCUCCCAAAAGGUCUUAUGCAGCAAAUCAGAACCGACACACAUAUGAGAAGCCCGUUAGAAUCUACAACUAGCAGAAGUUAAGCAAAAGAUGCACCUCUGCUUGGGCUAAACAGUAACACCCUUUAGUGGCAUGUGCUGUCAUGAGGUUGAGCAGGAGCAGCAAAAGAAUCUAGCAGUGACAUGAUGUAUGUGUAGUUGUAAUGAUGCGGUUCUUUACAAGAUAUAUGCAGGUGUCUAUGUUUUCAGACCGGCAUCCUUCUCAUGCACACCCAUCGCUGGGUUGAGGAAGUACGUAUUACCUUCAUUUGAUUGUAAUCUAGGAACGCAUAAGAUUUUGGGUGGGGAUGUAUAGAGGGUAUAGAUGUGUGUUUAACAUUUGUUUUCCGUGCCUUUUUUUUCUUAUCACCAUGAUGAUUAAUGUUGUCUUUUCUUUCUUGAAACUUGCUCCCAUUUUGGCUAUUUUUAGGUAUAUUAGAUGAUGGGAGACCUUGUAAAAUUAUUUAUUGUAUUGUUGAUUCUGGGUUUUCCAGAUUUGUGCAAGAAGACCAAUGAUUGCGACAUUAGCAAACGCGCAUAA